GCCCCAGUGCUUGUCUUGGAAAGCGAGGGAGACGGAAAGAUGCCAGAAGAACGGUCAACCCAGAAUGCAGGCUUCGCGUAUGGAAAUGCCCAAACUCAGCCGAGGACACGCGAUUAUUUCUGGUUUUCCAUCGUGAACCUGGUCUGCUGCUGCUUUCCUCUUGGGAUUGCUGCAAUUAUAUAUUCUCGCAAGACCCGAGACGCCGUUCUGUUGAACGAUAUACCAACGGCUGCCAAACAUUCCCGCGUAACUCUGAUCCUGAACGUGGUAGCUCUGAUAUUGGGAAUUAUUUUCGCCAUUGUAUUUACCUUUAUUUAUUACAAGUUUCUGCAGGAAAAGUGAAAGUUCUUGCGAUAAUGGAACCCGUAUAUAUAGAUAUAUAUAUAUAUACAGUAUGUGUAACCUGUAUUAUUGGUCAUAUAACCAUGUGAUUUGAAAUAAAAUUUCCCAAGGGGAUUAUGAACCAAA